UGCUCACUGAGCGUCAGUGGGAGCUCUUCACAGACCUCAGUCAUUUAGUACGUAAAGUGUUAGGUCUGUAUUUGACGUAGCUACAACAACUAUAGUUUCUUUUCUAGUUUUAUUUAUAAACACAAAGAUUAAACUCAAUUAGAUCGACAGGACUGAGAUGUUACAGUUUAGGGCUUCACUUGUGCUGAAGGAGUUGAUUCAAACCAGCCCUAAGCGUUCGUUAUCUAACAUUUUACGGCAUAAAAAUACGUUACAAAACGCGUACUCCUUGAGCGCUGCUUAUUCCAAUGGCAAAACACCAAAGUUGAAAAUCGUCCGGAAUGGAAGACAACCACCUUUUAUUCAACCUUCACCUUGGAGAAGAUUCCUAUGUACAAAGACCGAUGGAGUGACUGAACCCACGGAGCCUGUGAAUAAAGAUGAGACCGUACAGGAAACGACGGCAGAGAGAAGGAAAGCUGGAAUCCUGCCCAGUUUGGAGGAUCUGCUCUUUUACAGUAUUGCUGAAGGCCAAGAGAAGAUCCCAGCCCACAAAUUCAUUACCGCACUGAAGGCCACCGGACUUCGAACGGGAGAUCCACGGCUGAAAGAAUGUAUGGACAUGUUGAAAGUUACCCUGAAAUCCACUUCAGAUGGUGUAAUGCUGGACCGACACCUUUUUAAAAAGUGUGUCCAAAGCAACAUUGUGCUCCUAACCCAGGCGUUCCGCAAGAAGUUUGUUAUCCCUGAUUUCCAGUCGUUUGCCUCCCACAUUGACAGUCUUUAUAACAAAGGUCAAAAGCUUUCUGGUGGACUGGUGGCCGACUACAUUCCUCAACUUGCCAAAUUUAGCCCAGAUUUGUGGGCCGUGUCCCUUUGCACAGUAGAUGGACAGAGACACACAGUGGGUGACACUAAAGUGCCGUUUUGCCUGCAGUCGUGCGUGAAGCCACUCAAGUACGCUGUUGCUGUGCACGAUCAUAGCACCGAAUAUGUGCACAGCUUCAUUGGGAAAGAGCCCAGCGGCUUACGCUUCAACAAACUUUUUCUGGAUGAGGAUGAUAAACCACAUAAUCCAAUGGUGAAUGCUGGUGCUAUCGUGUGUACAUCUCUAAUUAAGCAGGGAGCAGGCAAUGCUGAGAAGUUUGAUUAUAUGAUGAACUUCCUAAAGAAGAUGGCAGGAAAUGAAUAUGUCGGCUUCAGCAAUGCAACAUUCCAAUCGGAGCGUGAGUCAGGAGAUAGGAAUUUCGCUAUUGGUUACUAUCUGAAAGAGAAGAAGUGCUUUCCAGAUGGUACUGAUAUGACGGCUGUCCUGGACCUCUACUUUCAGCUGUGCUCUAUUGAAGUAACAUGCGAAAGCGCUAGUGUCAUGGCUGCCACGCUAGCCAACGGCGGAUUCUGUCCAAUCACAGGCGAGCGUGUGCUGAACCCAGAGGCCGUGCGAAACACCCUUAGUCUCAUGCACUCCUGCGGCAUGUACGACUUCUCCGGACAGUUCGCCUUCCAUGUGGGUCUUCCGGCCAAGUCGGGUGUUUCUGGUGGUAUUUUGCUUGUUGUGCCCAACGUGAUGGGCAUCAUGUGCUGGUCUCCUCCGUUGGACAAGCUCGGCAACAGCGUCAGAGGCAUCCAGUUCUGCACGGAUUUGGUGUCAUUGUUCAAUUUCCACAACUACGACAACCUGAGGCAUUUCGCUAAGAAGCUCGACCCUCGUCGUGAGGGAGGGGAACAGCGGGUGA